UUGGCUGGUGAUUGCUUGGCAGUUGUUUUCGAUGUGGCUGAGUGGGUAGGUUGGGUUAUGUGCGUUUGCCGGCGAGAUUCCGCGGUUGAAUGAGUCAUUAGUGUUGGAAAGAGUUUGAGAGAAAGCUAUUGUGACUCGCAUCGUUUCGCGAAAUUGUAUUGAAUUGCAUUGAACAAGGAAAUGCAUAAAUGGAUCGUUAGUGGAAUGAGGAUGUGUAGCUUUGUGUCGAUUUAAUUAUGCUAACCGGUUUCCGCUCAAGAAUCUUACUCCCGUUACGAAGUGUCUAGUGUGUAGUUUUAUUGUGAGUGAUCAAAACAAAGCCAGUAGUCAUGUCGCAAAAUCAAAUCAGCGGGGACAUCCCACCUCAGAUCCGCCAGGAAGAAAUCCCCUUGCGUCGGAACGACUCUGUCCCAUUGACCAGGGAGCAGCAGAAGUGGUACGAGCUGUUUUGCAAGUAUGACACCAACGGCGAUUCCCGACUUACAAUUCAUGACUUGAAGGUUAUGAUAAAAGACCACCGAUGUGCCGAGCUACCACACGAUAUGGCGCAGCGUAUUCUAAAACUAUCGGAUACAGAUAUGGACGGGUAUCUUAGUUUUGAAGAGUUCUACAACAUGUCCCAGAAACAUCAAUGGCUGUUUAAGGAUUUUCUGGUGACAUACUGUCGAAGAGUAAUUCCAUCCCCUCAUCGUGUAGUAGGGGAUCAACUGGAUGGAGCGUAUGAGCGUGAAAUGACAUUCUGUCCACCACCUCUGACAAUGAUUGUUUUUUCAUUGCUUGAAAUUUUAGCUUUUGCCAUAGAUGUUGCAUAUUGGGGCGAACGUAUAGAAGAUGGGAAAAUCGGAUUAAGUACAGAUGGUCCAGCAGCGACACUUUUCAUCUACAAUCCUUAUCGAAGAUAUGAAGCCUGGCGAUUUAUGACGUAUAUGCUGGUUCAUGUUGGCAUCAUGCAUCUUAUGAUGAAUCUUCUGAUUCAAAUUCUUCUUGGAGUUGCAUUGGAAUUGGUGCACCAUUGGUGGCGUGUUUCCUUAAUAUAUUUAGCAGGAGUUAUUGCAGGCUCCAUGGGAACGUCUUUAACCAGCCCACAAAUAUUUUUGGCUGGCGCAUCUGGAGGAGUUUAUGCAUUGAUUACUGCACACAUAGCCACAAUUAUUUUGAACUGGUCAGAAAUGGAGUAUGCAAUUAUCCAGCUUCUUGUGUUCCUUGUCUUCUGCGUAACUGAUUUGGGGACUUCAAUUUAUCGGCAUGUUACUGAUGUGCAUGAUCAAGUUGGUUAUAUGGCACAUCUGUCCGGUGCUUUGGCUGGAUUGCUGGUUGGAUUUGGAGUUCUGCGAAAUCUGGAAGUACGAAAAUGGGAGAAGUAUGCCUGGUGGGUCGCAGUAAUUGUUUACUUGGCAUUAAUGGCAACUGGAAUUUUCAUUCAUAUUUUAUGUCCUGACUACUUUGCAAAGCAAGUUUAUAGUUAUAAUUAAAGCUGUGACUAGUUUGUGAACCUGAAAAAAAAUAACAACUUUGUGCCUUAUUAGGGACACAUGAAUUUACCGAAGAAUUUUAUGGACAUAUUUUUAAUUUUAAUUCAGAGUAUUUCGUACAUUAUUGUACAAUACAAUUGAUAGGUUGUAGUUUCGAUGUAAGCACAAAGAAUGAAUUGUAUUAAGUUUUUUGUAUUUAUUAAAUUUUUUUGAUUGAUUACAAA